GCCUGCCAUCAUUCAUAUGGUUUCAAAUACUCAAUUUGGCGGAGGGCCAACGGAGGAUCCAAAUAAGUAUCCUCCCCUUGCUUAAAAAAGAUUGUCUUAAAAUAGUCCACCACCAGCCUCUUUGCGAUAUUCAGAUCUUGAAUCACCUCCCCAUUUUCUGAGAUAAGAGUAAUGUUGCUCCUCGUUUUUUUUGUUUUUUUUUUAUUUUGUGUCGCGGUAUGGUAGAAUUUAGUAUUUAACUCACCAGACCGUAUCCAAUCCUUGUUGAAACCAUAACCAUAGUAUUUCUUCCUGUUUCAGCGUGUCAUUGAGCUCCUCCUUAAGCUUCCUUGCUAACUUGAUUAAGCCAUAAUUUCGGGUAUAAGCCAGCUUCCUUUGAAUAGCUUCAAGGUGAGAUAGCAAUCUCGACUUGUUGUAAAGAAUGUUGCCAGAGGUCUCUUUAUUCCAAUCUGUUAAUACAGCAGACAUUUUCUUAACAUUAUAUGUAACCUUCUCAUUCUUAUUCCAAUUAUCAUGAACCAGGUUAUCAAAGUUUAGAUGUGACAACCAUGCCGCCUGGAACAUAAAUCUUUUUCCUUCCGGCUGGAAAAAGUUUCUGUGUUGCUGACCUCUUCCACACAUGUAACGGCAUUACGAAGUUGGUAGUCUGGACUUGCAUACACGAUAACAAGAAUCCAAGAGUCUCUUCCAUUACACACUUCAACUACUACAAACUGAGGAUUCGUAGCCUUGACAUGUAGCUUUAAAUCAUCAUUCCACAUGACCCAGAUGCCACCGCUAAAUCCCACUGCCUCUACUUGAACCCAGUUAGGGAUGGGCGCGGUCCGGUCAAAUAUUUGGCCGAACUCGUACCCAUACCGUUAUUAUUCAAACGGUUCGGUUCGAUCUUAGACCUAAACUCAUUCGAUACGGUUUCAUUUUCAAACGGGAUGGUAUUAUACCAUACCAAUACCAAACAAUGUCACUUUUUUCAAGUGUUUAAGGAAAAAUUAAAGUUUAGUCAUCCUCCAAAAAUCUACACAAUUUAUCAAUUUUCAUACUGCUUCCGUCCCAAAUUGAUAUGCAAAGUCAAUAUUUUUUUGUCAACCAAUAUUAAAGUUAAAUCCUCUUUAUUGAUAAUUAAUUCAAUUUUUAACAAUUCAAAUUUACAUAUUCAAAAACUACAUUAAAAUCUUUCAAAGUUGCAAACUCUCAAAUUAAAUAUAAUUAAAAUUUGACAUCACAAUAAGUGAAUAAAAUGAAACUAUUUAACCAAGAAAAGUUAAUUUUGCAAAUCAAUUUGGAACUGAGGUAGUAUUACAUAAAUAAUAAAUUUCAGAUAAACUAUAGUAGUACUAAUUUAAAUAAUUAAACCUUACAUUGAUCCGGUUCCAGGUUUCAUAUGAACUAGCAAAAGCGCUGAAAGUGUGAAGGCACUAGUCAAAGUAAUUGUAUAAAUGUAAAUUUAAUUAUUUAUAAAUAAUUCGGUCCGGUUCGGUCCGGUAGCGAUUCUCAUAAAAUGAGAACCGGUCAUGGCAUUGUUUAGAACCGGUACAGUCUGAUUCGGGACAAAAAAAUUAAGAUCCGUUUCAAACCUCGUUUUUCGGUGCGGUACCAUACCGGUUCGAUUCGGUACCAUGCCGGUUCGGUAUUUUUGCACACCCCUAAACCGAGUUACUAAACAUCAGCUUUGUACAUACCUUAUCUGCCGACUCACCUGACACCUUAGUUUCGAGCACAGCGGGAAGGUGAGGUUUGUAAAAAUUAAUCAACAAUCGUGCACCUCUAAUGAGGUUGCACCUUGGCGAUUCCAAACAAUAAAGUCCAUAAGUAGGCAGUAAAAAUAAAGAGAGUCAAAACUCAAUGAAGAACCAUUCUGUCAUCUCGAUAAUUAUCACCCUCAGAACCACAGCCACCUUCAAGAACUUGAUGCUCCCUGCUUCUCUCUUCCUGAAUUGGGGGGUCGUUAUGGUGUUCAUACAUCCUAGUACUUGGACACUUAUCACCUGUAAAUAUACUCUCUCAAGGCUACCAGUCUGGUCAAGCCUUUUCAUUAUUCUCACGUGAUAUCGCGAGCCAAAAUUAUAACCUAAUUUUUUUUCUCUCUCAAGGCGUCGACUUCCGCCGCCUCUACUCCAACUACAGCGCCGUCUACGACGGCAGCACCGCAAGGCAUGGCAGCGCCCGUCACCGUGGUAGCGCCUAAUCCAGUGACUAUGCCGAACACGUAUUCUCCGGCAUCAGCUUGGACUUCUCUGACAUUCGGCUCCAACUCCGACCUGGUGCAGUCCUCGUUUUCCGCUUCGUUGCCGACCGGUCAUCCGGAUAUUCAUGAUUCGGCAUGGAUUCCACCUACUUUUGAUUGGUCCUCUCCAGCAACAGCACGUCGCCCUCUUCGGUUGGAGGCUGAUGUACAACCGCCUCCGCGAACUCAGUUUGGAGGCCCCACAUUCGUCGGUGCACAGGGGCUGGCUCCACCUCCAGUUUUUCGGCCAAUAGGCAGGACGGCAGUCACCCAACGGAACUCUUUGGAAGCAAUUGCACAGUCUAUGGGGUUUUCGACACCGAAUGUCACCAAUAUUGUUACUACAAAGCUGGAUGCUGUCGAAGAUUAUCUGCCCUGGCGUACUCAGUUCGAAUCUUUUCUGGUAUCACAUGGACUCCUAGGCUUUCUCGAUGGUAUUAUUGCUACCCCUCCUUAAUUUAUUUUUGAUGCUUUACGUAGAGAAGUUGUGAACAAUGAGUACUAUUAUUGGUUAAAGUUAGAUCAGACAGUUCGUUCUUGGCUGUUUGCUACUUUAUCUCGUGAUAUACUUGUUGAGGUUCAUACUCUACGCACUUCUGCUACCAUCUGGGAAUGUCUAGGAUCUCGCUUUAUGGCAGCCAGUAUGGCUCAUUCUAUGGAAUUAAAACGCUUGUUCACUACGACUAAAAAGAAAGAAAAUCAAUCCAUGGAACAGUACAUGCGUGAAAUUCAGAAAAUUGUUGAUGCCUUGGCCACAAUUAAUUCCCUUGUCUCCAUGAAAGAUCUUCUUGAGCAAACUUUACUAGGUUUGGGUCCGGAUUAUGAAUCCAUUUUCACUACUUUGACUACUUUUCCCGAGGGCCUUACUUUUGAAAAAUUACGGACCAAGCUAGUUGAGCAGGAGAACCGCCUCGCCUAUCUCCGUUCUCAAGAGGCUCCUCCAUCACCUGUGGCGUUUGGUACUCAACCUCAUCCUCAAGCUCACGCUGGUUCGGGACAAGAAGCCUGUGGUGGUGCACUGUUUGCUCGGGGUCGCGGCAGGAGGGGUCGCGGUCGGGGACCUCGUGGCAGAGGCCGAAAUUUUGGCCAAAAUGGUUACGGCCAACCACCGUUUGGUCCACCUGGGUACGGACAGCAGCCGUAUGGCCCACCAGGAUACGAACAACAGGGGUACGGUGGACAGCAGCGUUCGGGACAAUAGGCAGUGGUCGGCUACAAUCCACAAGGGCACUUUUCAGCCUCCACAUCUCACGGACGCCCAGGUUCAAUUUAUGUAAUUCGGUAUUUUCAUCGUUAAACGCGCAUCCCUAUUUUGUUUAUGGUACUAACCAUGGCUAUGCAGGCUCACCUUUAGUUGAUGGACAGUUUGGUUCCAUUCCACCGCCAGCUGUUUGUCAAAUUUGCUAUUCCCCAGGUCAUUCUGCAGUUUCAUGUCCUUCCCGUUUCACUCAGCCCACUGCUCCAGCUCUUGCUGCACCCAUGGGUGAUGCUAAUGACGCUGUCUGGUUUCCAGACUCCGGUGCUUCUGCGCAUAUGACCGCUUAGGAAGGACAAAACAACGGGGGCAACUCUUCUCAGAGCUUCUAGUAGCGGCAGUCUUUAUCCCAUUCGUUUAUCUUCUUCAUCAGCUUUGGCUUUAGUUUCUAGCGCGGCGCCUGGACCACUGUGGCAUCGUCGCUUGGGACAUUGUGAUAGUCGAGUCUUAGAUGGUCUUAAAAAGUCUGGUCAACUUUGUAGUUUAUCUUCUUUUAAUCAUGAUUGUUCUUCGUGUUGAUUGGGUAAAUCACAAAGAUUACCCUUUCAGGAUGUUUUUCAUAGUGCUAG